AUGAACAUCGCCCUCAAGGACGCAAUGCCAGAGGCCCUCCUCGUCCAGAGCGCUCCAAAAAGCCCAUCAUCGGUCAUGGAGAUGCUCCCAUUGAAGUCACCAGCAAGCACAUCGAAGCAAAGCACUUCAUCGCAGAAGCCCAUUUCCCCUCCAAAUGAUGAAGUCCCAACAGCAACGGAAGCAGAGCCCCCUCAAGGUUCCCCAUCCCGCAACGUCUCCGUAGCAAAGAGCGUCACCGUAAUCGUCACCCUCGCCGGCAUAAACUUCCUCAACACAAUGGGCUCCGGCAUCCUCAUCGCCGCCCUCCCGCGCAUAGCCCAAGACGUCGGCCUCGACGAGAGCCUCAUUCUCUGGCCCGCCGCCGUUUACAAUCUCGCCGCUGGCUGCCUCCUCCUCAUCUUUGGCGCCGUCGCCGACGUCGUGGGCGCCAAGCUCAUGUGGCUGAUGGGAAGCUACCUCUGCGUCGUCUUCACCAUCGCCGUCGGCCUGUCCCAGACGGGGAUCCAAAUUAUUCUCUUCCGCACCGCCGUCGGCGUCUCUAUUUCAGCAUGCUUGCCCACGGCUAUGGCGUUUAUUACAAAGACUUUCCCCAAGGGCGGAUGGCGCAAUGUCGCGUUUUCGAUGAAUGGGAUUGGGUUCCCGCUGGGGUACGCGCUUGGGCUGGUCCUGGGUGGCAUCUUUACCGACACCAUCGGUUGGCGUUGGGCGUACUACAUGAUGGCCGUUAUCAACUUUGCUCUGUCGACCGCGGCGGUCUGGUCUCUGCCUUCGAUUCGCCAGCCGUCUGAGAAGAAGUGGACGCGCCGCUUGGCGGAGGAUAUCGACUGGAUAGGAGCCGUCAUCAUGAGCGUUGCGCUGGGUUUGUUACUCUAUGUGCUGGCGAUGACUACUUCUUCGUACACAAAGAUUGCUGAUCCUACUAAUAUUGCCCUCCUGACCGUAGCAGUAGCCUUGCUGGUCGCGUUCCCCGUCUGGAUGAACCUUCAGACUAAAAGGGGUCGUCCAGCGUUGAUACCGAAUCGUCUAUGGCGGAACGCUGCCUUCACGUCGAUAUGUGUCCAGGGCAUCUCCGCGUUGCAAAGCUCUCUGCGAUUCCUGCCUCAUGUCGUCAUGGGCACUCUCGUCAACAUCGCAGCAGCAUGGCUCGUCUCACAAAUAAAGGUCCAGACUCUGGGCGCCGUAUCUGCAGUCAUAACAGCCGCGGCGCCGAUCCUCAUGGCCACAAUCAGCCUCGAUGGAAAUUACUGGUUUGCGCCGUUCUGGGCCAUGGUGCUUUCGCCAGUGAAUGCUGAUGCCCUCUUCACCGUCUCGAACCUAAUCAUCUCCGACGCCUUCCCAGCAGACGUGCAAUCACUCGCCGGCGGCGUCUUCAGCGAGAUCGGGCAGAUCGGUAACGCGGUGGGCCUCGCCGUGACUGCAGCCAUCGCGGCCUCCGUAACCGAGCACUCGGCUGUCGUUCACGACGAUGCCCGGGAGGCGCGCAUGGAAGGUUACCGCGCGGCAUUCUGGACUAUCUUUGCCGCCACGGUUGCGGUGCUCAUUAUUGUGGUCGGAGGGCUUCGAAAGGGUGGCACGGUCGGGAAGAAGGAUGACUAG